AUGAACUACAACGAACCGUUGUGGGAAAUUAACGGAAAUCAAGCACCAAUAAUAACAAGCGAAAUGUCGCAGUACGUCGGAAGCGAGAUGGCAUCAUAUCCAAUGUGGGAUAGUUCAGUUCUUUAUCAAACACCACCUCCAUCAUUAUCACACGUCAACGACCACGUCAAUGGUUUUUAUCGUCAACCUUGUGCUCUGCUUCAUCAAAGAGAUAUUGAUAGCCGUUACAGUCACAAUGGACGGAUGCCAAAUCAACCGACAUCAUCAUCAAAGAAACCUCGCCGAAGGGUUGCUUCAGUUUCGCAAAGAAGAGCUGCUAAUAUACGAGAACGGCGGAGAAUGUUUAAUCUGAAUGAAGCUUUUGAUAAAUUACGCAAAAAGGUAAUCAAAUUCGUAUUAAAAGUGUCAUUUUUGGCAAUGGGAGAAAAUUUUUCCAUAAAAUUAUAAUUGAAUACUGACUGAUUGAUUUUAUCAAAUUUUGUAAAUUGUAUAUUGUAUUAAAUUCUAUGAAAUCUUUGUUUCUG